AUGAUAGACUCGUACAGGAAGUAUAGUAUAGUGGACUGUGUUAAAGAGUGUUUAAGAACAAGGAGGUGCAAAUCAGUGAAUUAUUAUAAAGGAGCAAACUAUUGUGAAAUUAACUUUGAAGGAAACACGUCUGGAUCAGGAAUGAACAGACAAAGCUCGGGCUGGAUAUACACCGCCAUAGAAAACUGGGAUAAGGGUCUUAUUGGGUCUUGUUUAGCUUCAGCCUGUGCGAUCAAUGAGAAAUGCAUCCGUUCACAGUCUAGGAUAUCCAAAUGUGUCAUGUCUGACUGUGGGAUCCCAACAAAAAAUAAUACUACGUGGGAUGUACAAGAUGGAGACGGUAUAGGAAUAUUUAAAGAAAUGCACCUUAAAUGCCUCGAUUCCUUUCAACAGCGAGGAUCAGGGAGGAUUCUGUGUCUUGAGAACGGGACGUGGAAAUCGGACCUGCUUUGUCAAGAUGCUACAGAUUGUAAAAGCCUAUAUGAUAAUGGUAACACUAACUCCGGCGUGUACGAAGUUUACCCUUAUAGUACAAGCUCACGUCCAGUCCGAGUGUUCUGUGAUAUGGGCACACUACACGGAGGAUGGACGGUGAUCCAAAAACGAGUAGAUGGAGUCGUCAGCUUUGACCGUGUAUGGUCUGAGUAUAAACAUGGAUUUGGGGAACCAGAAGGGAAUCAUUGGAUAGGAAAUGACGUAAUUCAUCAGUUAACAAAGGGAAGGAACUCGUCUCUUUACGUUUCGAUCACACUAGUGAGUGGCAGCAGAUUGUAUGCGUUGUAUGACAGAUUUUCUGUUUCCACUGAAGCAGACAAGUAUAAACUCUUUUUAGAGGGGUAUCUGGAGGGAACAUUAGGUGACAGUAUGGUAGACACCGGGUAUGCUGGUAAAGAUCUCUCUGGGGUGUAUUUUUCUACGCCAGACCGAGAUUAUGACAGGUUCUUAAGAGGAAGUUGUGCUGGCAUCUGUAAAGGAGGCUGGUGGUUUAACAAUUGUUAUAAGGUCUUUCUUAAUGGGCCCCUGGUCCCCAGGAUACUGGACAGGUCCAUGGUCUCCUGCAGUAACGCAAGGGGCCUCUGUCAAGGAGACAAUCAUGAUGGUCAGAAGUCACUAGGUUGAAGCAACAAGUGUAUGGGUUCGAUUGAGUGAUUGAUUUCUU